AAGCGAUUUCCGCACGCGGGAGCGCGCACCGCCUCACGGCCUUUAGCUCGGUUUGUGUAGGACUACAGCUGCUUAUUUCGGUUUCAAACGGCCAUAAUUACACUUUUUCUAGUGGUUGUACUGAUGCCACGUCUUUUACUGGUUCUACUGGCCUCAGGCACGUAUAGACAGUGGUCAAGUGAACGUAAAUCUGUUAUUACUAACACGAAAAGCUUCAUGAACUUAAAGUAAGGAAGAAAUAAGCUUCUUAUCAAAAGAUAUUGGCAUAAUUGACUGGUUGUACUGGUCUCAGACAGGUACAGACAGUGGUCAAGUGAGCAGGAUGCUCAUUAAAUCUGUUAAUAUAAACCAGCAAAGCGCCAUGAACUUAAAAAAGGGGGAAAGCAGCUUUCAGUAAACAGAUAUUGGCUUUAAUCACUUUGUGGGAACAGUUACUGGUACUGGUCUUAGGCAGGAACAGACAAAGAUCAGAUGGACUGGAUAUUUAUUACAUCUGUAAAUAUAACAAAGCAGAGCUCAAUAUAUUUCAAAUAAGGCAGAAUUAAAUUUCUGCUCAAAAGCUUUGGCUCUAAUAAUCACAUUUUGGCAACAGGAAAGCACCUUACUGGUUUAACUGGUCUCAUGCAGAUAUUAAAAGUAGUAAAACAACUCGGUGGUCACUCGUGCAGUUUUAAUCAGAUACAAAAUGGAAGAACAAACAUGUUGCAUCAACAUUGGGUCAUAGAUCUGAGUCCUAGCGUCAUGGAGUUAAACAGUCACGAUCAACAGUAAAAAACGUGGCAUCACUACGACCACUAGAAAACGUGUAGCAGAUAAUAUUUACACGUUUGAAACCGAAAUAAGCAGCUGUUGUCCUACACAAACCGAGCUAAAUACCUUGAGGCGGUGCACGCUAGUGCGUACGACAAUCGAUUUCUGGCAGACAGUCACUUUUUGGCAUGACACCUGUCCUGGGCGCCACCGUGUCGCCCACCGCUCCAAGCCUUCAGAAAAAAACCAUGUACAUGUGUGUAAAGAGGGGACUGUAGCAGAGUAUGGGAUGAUUGCUAAGGACAAGAUAGAGGAAGGAGACAUUCUGUUCACCAUUCCCCGGUCAGCUCUUCUCCACCAAGGGACAAGCAAGAUCUCUGCUCUGCUAGAGUUAGAGAAGUCAUCUUUGGCAAGUUCAUCUGGCUGGGUCCCCCUGCUUCUGGCUCUGUUGUAUGAGUAUACAUCAUUACAGUCCCACUGGCAAUCCUACCUUUCUUUAUGGAUGGACUUCAAGACAUUGGAUCAACCAAUGUUCUGGUCUGAAGAAGAGAGAGAGGGGCUGUUGAGGGGAACAGGUAUCCCAGAGGCUGUUAACACAGAUUUGGCUAAUAUCCAGAAGGAAUACACAGAUGUGGUCCUACCCUUCAUUGCAAGGCAUCCUGACGUCUGGAACCGAGACAAACAUACACUGGAGAUGUACACAAAGCUGGUAGCCUUUGUUAUGGCUUACAGUUUUCAAGAGCCACAGGAAGUUGAUGAGGAUGAUGAAAAAGGAGGGAAAACUUGCAACCCACCUAUAAUGGUUCCUAUGGCUGAUAUGCUCAAUCACGUGUCUAACCACAAUGCUUGUUUGGAGUUUACACCAGUGAGGAUGCACAAACACUUCAUGAACAAUUUGAAGAUGGUUUGUGUGCGCCCCAUUUAUAAAGGCGAGGAGGUCUUUAACACCUACGGGCAGAUGGCCAACUGGCAGCUGCUCCACAUGUAUGGCUUUACGGAGCCGUAUCCAAGCAACAGCAAUGACACAGCUGACAUUCCCAUCAGCGUCCUCUACAAAUCCGUUGUAGAAGGUGGUCAGUCUAAUUUGGAUCAGCAGCUGGUUGAUGAGCGCUGGGAGAUGCUUUGUCAGAUGACACAAAACAGAGAAACCUUUGUCUUUGGCAAACAAGGUUGUCUCACAGACACAGAGCUUCAUGCUUUCCUCAAGGUGCUGUGCAUGUCUACAGAAGAAUUUUCAGAGUUCAAAGAAAAUCAAGUAUGGGAGGAUGUGGAUGAAGAUUGGAUUUCCAUCGCUUUCUCUAAUGAGGGACUCCCUGGACUAAAGGCCUCUUGGAAAGAGUUGAUUCACAAAGCAGCUCACCACACACUGAGGUCCUAUAGUGUGUGUGGGGACAGUGACCAGUCGCUGAUUGAGAACAAAGCAAUACUCGCAAGACUGAGCAGAAGAGAACAGAAUGCAGUGCAGGUACGAUACGGACAAAAGAGCAUCCUGUACAGACUGAUGGAGCUUACCAAGUGAUUACAGCUGAGAAAACCACAGUGGGAGUUUUAUUAAUUAAAAAAAGUGUAAAAUUCA